UGGUUCCUGGCAAGGAGUCGACGUUUGCAGGUUGCCAUGGAUCUGCUCUCUGCAGCUGCCGCCUUUGCGCAGUUUGAAGGGCACUGCUUGGCACAGCUCCUGGCUGAGGGCGUGGAGCCUGAAGACGCCCAGGCCGCUGCGCUUCAGCAAUGGGAGGCCAUGGCUCCGGAGGCGCGGCUUCGGUGGGACCAGCGACCGGCAGCGGGAGACGAGGAGGCCGUUGAGGUCGAGGUGGAAGACGUGGAGAGGACGGAAGAGGCGUGCGCCCGUGCCCCCACGCCUUCGCGCCGGAGGGAGGCGGACGUUUCAGGUCGCCCGACCAAGAAGCAGAGGACGAGCGCGAGGGAUGCCUGGCUGAGACCUGCACAGGCAACGGCUUUGCGAGAGUCCAGUGAAGGGGCUGAAGAGGAUUCCGAGGACGAGUCUGAGCAGCGAUCUUUCAAGAUAUCUGAAGCCGUACAGGGCGGGCGGCAUCCUGAUUGGCUGACGGAGCCUGCAGCAGUGGCCGAAAUCUCUCUUCCAAAGUUGUCCGAAGACGAGGUAAUAUACAUUCCAGCAGAGGUUGCGGAGAAAGAGCUGCUCAGCAGCCCUCAGCUGGAGAGCGUGGCAUACGCGGCUCGACGGUUUCGCGGGCACCUGCCGUCUGGCGUGCGAGCUGGCUACUACCUUGGGGACGGAACUGGCUGUGGCAAGGGUCGCGUCAUCGCAGCCUUGAUUUGGCAUCUGUGGAACGGGGGCGCCAAGAGGCACGUCUGGCUGAGCGCGAGCAAUGAUCUGCUGGCCGACGCCAGCCGGGACUUCCGGGACUUGGCUGCCGAGCUGCCUCUGUGCAGUCUGUCCUCUAUGCCCUACGGCCCCGUGUCCGGCGCUGGCCUGGACGACAGCGGCAACGGGGUGAUCUUCGCCAGCUACCAGCUGCUGGUGGCCAGCAAAAGUGCCUCUGCCGCGCCCACGCCCGAGACCUCGCGCCUGGGCCAGCUGAUCCAUUGGCUGCGCAAGGGGCCCGGCGGCGCCUGUGGCCUCAUCGCGCUGGAUGAGGCGCACCGGACCAAGAAUGUGUCCAGCGGCACGAGCACCGGCUCCAAGGCGGGCAGCUGCUCCCUGGAGCUGCAGCGGGCGCUGCCCUCCAUGGCGGUGCUCUACGCGAGCGCCACCGGGGCCACGGAGCUCAGGCACCUGGGCUACUUGGAGCGGCUGGGCCUUUGGGGCAAGGGCCGGCCCCACGCCACCUUUGAGGAGCUGCGGGAUGCUGUGGAGGGAGGCGGCUUCGCUGCCAUGGAGUUGUUGGCCAUGACAAUGCGCGCAGAGGGCAUGCUGUCCUGCCGGUCUCUGUCCUUCAAGGGUGCCUCCUUCCGCCUGGUGCCGGUCACGCUAAAGGAGGAGAAUGCCUAUUCGGCCAGCUGCAAGUUCUGGCAGGAUUGCUUCCAGUUGAUCUUGCGCUUGCUGAAGAUAAGGACGCGGGAGGUCAAGCAGAAGAAGCUGAAGCAUUCCACUGAGCUCAAGGACAACUCCCUGCACAUGAGACAUUUCUGGAGUGCGCAGCAGCAGUUCUUUCGGCAGCUGCUGAUCUGCGCCAAAGUGGACACCGCCGUUUCGCUGGCCACUUCCGCUAUACUCAGGGGCGAGUCUGUGGUCAUUGCUAUGUGGUCCACUGGCGAAUCCAUGACGGAAGCCCUGGCGGGCCGGGAGGGCGAUCGGAAAGCGGCUGCUGCUGGCUUUGCCUCCGCACCAAAAGAGGUGGCGCUCCGCAUGCUCAACGGCCUCAGGACGGUGGCCAACUCCCUGGCCUCCGGACAAUCUGCGCUGCAGGAGAUUGAUAAAGUCGAGAAGGAGUUGGAGAAGCUGCAACUCCCUCCCAACCCGUUGGACGAGAUCAUGCGGAGACUGGGCGGACCAAGUAAGGUGGCUGAGAUGACGGGCCGAUCCCGGCGCUUGGUUUACAACGAGCUCACCAGCGAGACGCGCUUCGAGGACCGCGGUGAGGGCGCCAACCUGCAGGAGCUCAGAGCCUUCCAGUUAGGGCGCAAGCACGUGGCCAUCGUGACCGAGGCCGCCAGCGCUGGCAUCAGCCUGCAUUGUGACAGGCGCCUGCCAGAGAAUGCGCAGAGGCCGCGCUACAUGAUAUCCAUCGAAAUGCCUUGGGAGGCGGACAAGGCCAUCCAGCAGCUGGGUCGCGUGCACCGCAGCAACCAGAGGGUACCCCCGCGCUUCGCCUUUGUCGUGACGGAUUUGGGUGGAGAGGUGCGGUUUGUGUCCACGGUGGCCCGGCGCUUGCGAAUCCUGGGCGCAAUGAUGCGGGGAGACCGGAAUUCUGCCCAUGGCGCUGUGCAGUCUCUGGCCAACUUCGACCUUCAGAAUCGCUACGGGCGCCAGGCCCUGGCACGUCUCUUCGAGCUCCUGCGCACCGGGCAGCAGCCGGAGGUGUCCUUCUCCUUCCUCCCGUUCGGCCGACGCAAGGGAAGGGCAAAGUGGCCCAGCUGGGCAGAGUUCAAGAAGUCGGCGGAGAAGGCGCUUGAUCUCAUCGGUUUGCGACCUGAUACGGAAGACAAGUAUGAGGAGUCGUUGGCAGAGUCCAAGAACCUGAACGUAUUCCUCAACAGGCUGCUGAUGCUGGAGCCCGGCAUCCAAAAUGCAUUGUUCGAUGCCCUGGCGGAGCUGUACACGCACCUGGUGAGCCUCGACCGCGCCUCCGGGGUCUACGACAACGGCCCGGAGCUGCUGGACAGGAGGCGCGGUGCAAGAGCGGAAGUUCGCCUGGCCCACCGCGAGGUCCUCUUUACCGACCCCAUCACAAGCUCAGAAACAGCCUACGUCCGACUGAAGUUGGAUCGCGGCAUGACCUGGUCCACUGCCACGAAGGUGCUCGAACAACGGGGAAGAGGAGAAGCCGAAGGUUUCUACUGGUGCUUGCGCGGGCCGGUUCCGAGCUCUCAGAAGCCAGUGGUCCUUGCGGUGGCUCGUCCAAAGGUUCAGGCAGUCCGCGCCGGGGCUGCAGACUCCUCCGACGAGGAGAGCGAUGCGGAGCUGGACCUGCAUUGGCCGCAGGGGCCUCCGCCGGAUGCCAGCCUGGACCAGCGAAUCUUGUCGUCCACACUGGGCCGGGGUGAGAGCUUCAGGAGAGUGAUGCCUUCCGAACUGAAGCAGGUGCAGGUGGCAUGGCAGCGUCUGCAUCAGGCCGCCAGUGGCGGAAGGUGGCAGGAUGAGCAUGUGCUCACAGGAUCCAUCCUGAGUACUUGGGCAGUUCUCGGCACGGCCAUUGGAGCCGAAGUCAGCUCCAGGCUGAAGAAGACGAAGAUCCCCCUGGUUCGCGCAAAGCUCUCAGAUGGCGGGGCGGUCGUGGGCGUGCGCCUACAGCCGGAUCGCUUGAAGGAGGUGAGGUAUGUGCUCUCGGCGCUGUACGAAGAGCGGAGUAGCAAGAUCAAGGCUGACCAGGUGGACAUCCAGAAGCUCAGCGCGCACGUGGAGGCGUUCUUGCGCACGCAGCCCAACCAAAAAGCGGCCUGGGAUGGCUGGGCGGGCGCCCACCAGGUUCUUUUGUCCGAGGGCCUGGUGGCGGAGGGGGCGCCGGGCAUGUUGGCGGCCCAGGAGGCGAUGGAGGAUCUCGAGCGCAACGGCAAGGCUGGAGAUCUGCAGCUGGUAGGCCCGAAAGUUGCUGGAGGUUUUGCCAGGAGGUGAGUAACAAAGAUCCCUUUGAUGGAUGUCAGAGUCAUUGCGUGAACUUAAGAACAUGUGUUUUGAUGGGACGAUUCACUUCACAACAUUUUUGUUGAUGGAUGUCAGAGUCAUGGCCCAGGGCGCGCGUGUACACGCCUUUUCGUUCCAGAAGCAAAAUCAAAGAUCGCCGUGGCUUAGGUGGACACGGCCGAGGGCACGGUGCAGCUCCGAGACAAGCCCCGGGGCUGCGGCUGGUACAUCCCUCCGCCCAAGCCGAAGACGCGGGGCCGUGGCAGGGGCCGCAAGGCCAAGUAGGCACCGAAGAAAGCAGAAAGCAAGACCAGAGACAGACGAAACUGGC